AUGGACUACGGAAGUGAAUCCCACUCAAUUGAAGACCCGGAAGAGCGCGGAUCAAGACAAAUGUCAGAAACACUCGGCUCAGAAAAAUCAUCUGAAAUGUCUUCUGAAAGAUCUUCUGUUAGAUCUUCUCAUAAGUCUUCUGAUAAGUCAUCUGAGAAAUCUGAGAAAUUAUCCGAUAAGUCAUCUGAAAAAUUAUCUGAGAAGUCUGAAAAAUCAUCUGAAAAGGUUGAAAAGUCAGAAUCAUCCGCUAGUCUUUCUCACUCUGUAACCUCAAGAAGCUCAGAAUCAAAAGAAGAUGUCAGCAUUGAAAUUGAUCUUGAAAAGAAUGUUAAGCCAGAAGUACCAGUAAAAGAAGGAUUCAUGGGAUUACCAAAAGAAGAUCGAAUGCUUCGUAUAUUCCUCAUUAUUGGUUUCUUUCCAUUACCCGUUCUUGGAUGGAUUAUUGGAUUUUUGUAUUCUUUAACCAUCAAAAAGAGAACCAAAUCUCAAAAAAAGUUUACAUUGAUAUUGGGAGCUUUGUCAGGAAUAGCUUUAAUAGUUGCCAUUUCCUUAACAGCAUAUUUUCUACUAUCAAAGACUGAGAAAAAAACUGAACCUACUCCAUCUGUAGAUAAAGUUAAACCAGAACCUGGAGCAAAAAGAGAUGAAAAAGAAAAAAAAUGUGAAGGAUCCUGUCCAGAAGAAGUUAAACAACUACCCGACCCAGCAACAGAUCUAAAAGAUAAAACACUUCCCGAACCAGGAAGUGUUGAAAAACAAAAGAGGGAGUGUGAACCAAACUGUGAAGAAGAAGAUAAAAAACUUCAAGGUCCAGAAAAAGUUGAAAAACAAGUAAGGGACUGUGAUCCCCACUGUGAAGAAGAAGAAAAAUCUAAACCAGUUGCAGACCCAGUCCCCAAACCAGCUCUCGAACCAGCAAAAGGUGAUAAAGGAAAGAAGUGUGAAAAUGUCGAAAAAGAACCACAUAAAGGCCCAAGGAGAACUGAAGAAGGAUCAGACUAUGAAAAUGGAUGUGAGGAACAAGGAUCAGACCAAUUGCCACCCGGCCCAGCAGUAAAAGUACCAGAAGAACAUGUGAAAGUACAACAUGUGCCAGUACUGAGUAAAGAAGAUAAACUUAAGCUUGAAAUUGAGACUUUGAGAGACAAUGUUGAUAGUUUGGGAAGAGAUCAAAAGCUCCGUCGUGAAGAGUUAUUUAAGACUAUAACAGACCCUGUAAAGGCUAAAGAAAUACCAUCCGUACCAGGAUUAUUUAUUCCAACUGUUAUUACAAAGUAUGAUGAACCCAAAUUCAAGCUCAAAAAACCAGAAAACGUGUUCAUCCCACCAACUCUAUUAAAAACACCCGUUCCAGUUACUAAAAGUUUCGGCCUUAUCAAAUUCGAUUAUUUCCAAUAUGUCCAUCCGAAAUCAGAAAAUAAUAUGUUAAUAUUAUUGAGAGGAUUACAUUCAUCAUGGAAGAAGAAUGAGUUAUUCAGGUUCUCAGAAUAUGUCAACCACAACGUCAUGGUUGUCAAUGUGACUGAUGAUCACAAAAAGGACAUUGUUGAACUAUUAGGGGAUCUUGAGAAUUUUGUCAAGACUAAAACUAAAAAGAAUAUGACCCUUGUCACUGAAGUCAAGCAUGAUGAAAUCGAAAAAUUCUUGCAACUCCAAAAAGAAGUAAGUUUAUCAAAUAUAUAUACCAUUUUUAGAAGAAAUUCAAAAGAGUUCUCGCCAUCAGUAGUCAUCUCAGAUAAGAAUGUAUUUGAUUAUCCUGAGUUUAUUGGUAUAUUUGAUGAGAAGAUUGAAUGUAAUAAAAAAUCAGUUGACUUCCCAGUUAUGGUCGUCAAAAAUGAAUUAGUGGAAUAUGAAUUAAUGGAAAAGGGAAUAAGUGAUAUGAAGUUAAACUUUAAUAAAUUAAGCCGUUGUGAUGACGUACUUAAUACAGAGGAACAAACUAAGAUAUUCCUUAAUAAGCUUUACGGACCAUUUAGAAAGUUUGCAACUGCUACCAAAACUUCUCUUGAAGAAGAUGAACUGUUAAAGGCAGUUAUGUGCUCAAGACAUUAA